CUACAAGUUAACUAAGAUUAGACACCUGUGCAAACUUUCACAUACGUGGCACCCUGGAUCUCUCCGCACGCGACACCAUUUUUUUCUUGUUUUGUCUUGUUUCUCCUGCUUCUUCUUUAUUAGCUAGAAGUUAUCAGUAGCUAGAAUUAGGUGCCAGUCAGGAUAUUCAACACCACCACCAUCACCAGCAACAGCAGUAUGGGUUCAGCGACAUUCCUAGAAGUGAUACUGGCCAUUAUCCUACCACCUGUUGGGGUCUUCCUGCGUUAUGGAUGUGGAGUGGAGUUCUGGAUAUGUUUGCUGUUGACCAUAUUGGGAUACCUUCCAGGGAUAAUAUAUGCCAUUUAUGUAUUAGUUGGAUAGUGUGUACUACUGUGUAGAUCUCUCUUGAUGAGGUUUGAUAUUUGAAUGUUCACAGACAAUUCAGUUUGCCAGUCUUAUUUUUCUAUUGUUGUUGAUCAGCUGUUUUCUCUUCUCGUAAGAUGAUCAGUGUAUAUCCCAGUAUGGUUUAGAUCAUGGUGGACUUCCUUGUUCUUAAUUUAUGACAGUUUACAUCAUGUCAGAUUUCUUGGA